GUGAUAUUAGAAAUCCUGCUUCCCCGGAUAUCAAACACGAGCACUAUUUCUAAUCAUCGAUACUACCUAGUUUUUGUUUAAAAGACCACCAAAAACCGGGGGGAUUUGGUGUGGAAUAGUCAAUUUAGUGAUAUUUCUACCAAUCCAACGAGAAUGGCUUCUUCGCAGGAUAUCCCCUCCAAUGGUUGUCAGAAUGCUAGUGUCAACGAUAAACCUACCCUCAACGACCAAUAUGUCGAUGCAAUUGACCCCCCCCGAGACGAGGAAUCAGCAAUAGACUACAACUCCGAGAAGCAAGACAACGCACCGAAAGACCUCACCAGGACUACCACCAACAGCAGCCAUAUUGGCAACCUAACCGCAAGAACCCUCUCGCUCGUCCGGACUAGAGAAUCCAGCAAAGACAUCGGUCCUCCUCCAGAUGGGGGCUUCGAGGCAUGGCUGCAAGUAGGGUUGGCGCAUAUGGUUAUUUUCAAUACUUGGGGUUACAUCAACAGUUUUGGCGUGUUCCAGACAUACUAUGUUGAGAUGCUUGGUCAUCCGCCGUCUGAUAUCUCGUGGGUUGGAAGUAUACAAAUCUUCCUGCUUUUCUUCGUUGGGACAUUCGCUGGUCGUGCAACGGAUGCCGGCUACUUCAAGCUCAUUUUGACGGCUGGAGCCCUGCUAGAAUUGUUCUCUAUUUUCAUGACCUCUCUGUGCACCAAGUACUGGCAACUUUUCCUGGCGCAGGGUCUUGGUCAGGGUCUGGGAUGCGGACUCAUGUUCUGUCCCACUGUCGCUCUAAUGCCAACAUACUUUACCAAGAAUCGAGGCAUUGCUAUUGGUAUCUCCGCAUCUGGGUCAGCAACAGGGGGUCUUGUCUUCCCCGCAGUGGUCAUGCGACUCCUACCCCGGGUGGGUUACGGAUGGACGAUGCGGACUCUGGGGUUUAUUUCCCUGGCCACGCUCAGCCCCAGUGUGUUUUUCCUGCGACAGCGCCUUCCCCCUCGCAAGAGCGGUCCCCUAGUCGAAUGGGGAGCGUUCAAGGAACUACCAUACCUCCUCUUCGCCAUCGGCAUGUUCCUUAACUUCUGGGGCUUGUAUAUCGGAUUCUUCUACAUUGGCAGCUUUGGCCGCGACAUCGUUGGUGUUUCCCAGGCUGUAUCUAUCGAUCUCCUCCUCGUCAUGAACGGCGUUGGCCUCCUGGGUCGCCUGAUCCCCAAUCUCAUGGCCGACAAAUACACCGGCCCACUAAACAUGCUGAUCCCAUUCAGCCUGGCGACCGGCAUCGUCGCAUACGGCUGGAGCGGCGUGAAUAGCCUGAGCGGACUAUACGUCUUCGCUGUCUUCUAUGGUCUGUCUGCAGCGGGUAUCCAGUCACUGUUCCCGGCGACGCUGAGCACGCUGACGACUGAUCUGAAGAAGGCUGGUGUACGGAUGGGAAUGGUGCUUAGUGUUGUCGGCGUUGCGGCGCUUAUUGGGUCGCCCAUUGCUGGUGCAUUGGUUCAGGAGGAUAAUGGCGAGUAUCUGUAUGCGCAGAUGUUCAUGGGGAGUGCCAUUAUCGCUGGAUCUAUAACUUUGGUCAUGGCGAGGAUAGCCAAGUUGGGAUUCACCUGGAACCGGGCAUGACUUGGACAUGAUGAACUGAAAAUAGUCAUAUUGUAUAAUAAGAAAUAAUCGUAAUUGGAAAGGGAUAUCCCUGUAGGAAAAGUUUUGUAUACAAAGUGAUUACAU